AUGUCUGAUAAUCCCACGACACCCAAACCGAUCCCUAUCCACCGCCAACGUUCUGGUUCGGUUUCGUCCGUCGACGACAACGUUCCCGAGCUCUCUCCUGGCUCGUCGCACUCGCAGUCUCCGCCCUCUUCUCCAACGUUACCCAGACCCGCCCUUCCCUCUUCGCCUAUUCUGUCCUACUUCUUCAACAAGGACGCCGCAUCAAAGUCUCCCAGUUCGCUGCGUCCAACCAUCGCUAAUAUGCCUGGUUCUGUAUUCGAAAAAGACGCGGCCAAUCCACCGAAACUCUCGCCCGUGCUCGGCCAUCAUCGUACAAUGAGCAUGAACUCGGACUGGCCAAGGUUUUCUUCUACAAAUCCCCCGCAGAACAACCCAGCGGCAAAGGCUGCCCAAGACCGUGGGGCCGGCAUCCUCCGUCGUCUCAGUCUUAGCGGCAGCACUCCUUUCCAACGUCCUGCCGUUCCUACCGGCAAUUCUGCUAUUCAAGACGCGGAUAAUGCCCUUACAAGAUCACAGACUGUCCAUUCGACCGCGGCAACUCUUCCUCGAUCGCGUCCCCACGGUCGUCGUGCAACUCUGGCAUCCUCAGAAAUGCCAAAGCCACGCGCUCCCAGUCCUAUUGGUGAGCGUAUGCUCAAGGGCCAUUUCGAUGGCUUUGUGUAA